AUCCCGUCCAUUCAACCAACAAUACCACAGCAAUCAAGAAAGCAAGAAACAAUGGCCGUCUCCUCGUCGGCGCUCAUCCUCCUCCUUGCCGCGGCCCUCACCACGGGGGCUAGCGCCAGGAGCUUCUCCAUCACGAACCGCUGCUCCUUCACUGUGUGGCCGGCGGCCACCCCGGUGGGCGGCGGACGGCAGCUCAACAACGGCCAAACUUGGAACCUCGACAUCCCCGACGGCACCAGCUCCGCCAGGAUCUGGGGCCGCACCGGCUGCAGCUUCAACGGCAACAGCGGGAGAUGCAGCACCGGCGACUGUGGCGGCGCGCUCUCCUGCACCCUCUCCGGCCAGCCCCCGCUGACUUUGGCGGAGUUCACCCUCGGUGGCGGCACAGACUACUACGACAUCUCGGUGAUCGACGGGUACAACCUCCCCAUGGACUUCUCCUGCAGCACCGGCGUCAACAUCCAGUGCCGCGACUCCAGCUGCCCCGACGCCUACCACCAGCCCAACGACGUCAGGACCAAAGCUUGCAGCGGUAACAGGAGGUUCAGUAUAGUCUUCUGCCCAUGAUGGGCUAGUAUAGCUCUACCAUACGCAUACGCAUGCGUGCCGUGGCACGGACGGACCAGAUAUACGACCAUAAUAUUUGUACUUCCAUUUUCCAUGUAAUAAUGGCCCCGGCCGCGGAUAUAUACGUGUACGAGUGGCCAAUAAAGUCCAUAAAUAAAGGUAAAGAAUAUCUAAUUUCACA